GAGCCGCUCAGCAAUGCACAGCCCAUACUGUGGAGUUAUAUUGCCAUUACGCACUGUUACGCACUGACAGCGCAAGGGAGCGGAGCACCGGUUUCCUCGCAUUUAAAGGAAGAGCAAGAGUGAAGUUCUUCAUUGAUAUCCAGUUGAUCUCCUAAAGAAGAGCUAGAUCUUCAGAGCAGAGCAGAGUCCAGCUGCCAGUCAUCCGCUCAGGAAUGGUGGAUCACUUGCCACUUGGCGAGGAGACCUUCCUGUACUACACCGGCUCUCCGGCGUCUGACUACAACCAUAACUACCACCACGGCAACAGCAGCCUGUCGCCAGGCGUCAUGGUAACUGACGCAGGCAUCUACCAUCACCAUCACCACCACCAUCAGGGAGCAACACUCUCAUCUUCGCCCUUUGCCUCAGAGGAUGACCUCAGUGACUCCUCCAGUCCACGCUCCUCGCUCUGCUCCAGCCCUGAGUCCUUGUCACCGUCAUCACGGCGACUCCUGGGGUCCAGCUAUGAGAGCAGGAGCAUGAGCAGUGGGAGUAGCUCCUCAGGAGAGAGCCAAGACAGCCUGCUGGACCUCCUCCUUUCACAGGCCUCACUCGCCACUUCAUCAAGCUGCACCUCUAGCAGCAGCAGCAUCUCCCUCUCUGCUCCUUUACCUUCCUCUCUGUCUCUGUCCCCCCAAUCCUCCUUGUCAUCCUCUGCCCCCAUGCUGCCAAUGGGCCUGGCCUGGGAGUCGAGGAGGGAACAGCGACUGAGUCUCCUCCAGCAGCAGGCCAAGGAGGACGGCUAUGAGUUCCCUGUCUUCAUGGACGAUCUUCAGGACCCUGCAGCGCUCCUUUUCCAGCCCACCCUGGAGGAGAUUGAGGAGUUUCUGGAGGAGAACAUGGAGGUGGCAAUGGAGAAAGAAGAGGAGGGUAGUGAUGGAGGGAUGUCACCCACGUCAGAGGAUGCCGAGGCUGAGAGUCCCAGGACGAUAGCAGGAGACCUGGGCUCAGUGUCAGAGAACUCAGAUCAGACUGUGCCUGUGGCUUGCAGUGCUGCUGUUCAUUCUCCGCUCUCCUCCUAUACAGAGACCAAACAUACAGCCACUAAGUCUGAAAUGGACACAACAGUGGAUUGUAGCUGUAUCUCUAGCUCUAGUUCUGCUAAUAGUGGAGUUGUGGAUGGGAUUAAACAAGAGAAUUGCGGAUCACCCCCAAUGCCAACAGAGGGUUCUGGUGCUGCCUCCACCGUGCCUGUCAUCUUACAAAUUCAGCCCAUACAGAUCAAACAAGAGCCAAACCCCAGUGCUAUAUCAAACACUGCCACCCAGCAAGCCCCUGCACAGCAAACCCAGUCCCAGCAACCCCAGGCCCCAUCAGACAUCAAAAUAGCCCAGCUCCUGGUCAACAUCCAGGGGCAGACCUUUGCCUUGGUGCCUCAGCUGGUUCCUCCAGCAAACGUUACCAGUACAAGCACAACCGGAAGCGCGGGCUCAUCCAAGUUCGUCCGGAUUGCGCCGGUGCCCAUUGCCGCUAAACCCAUGGGGCUCGGGGAAGGGGGGGUAGCUGUAGGUUCGACUGCAGGGUUCCUCAUUGGAGGUCAGAAGUACCAGAAGAGUGCGGUAGCGGACCUUAUAAAAAUGCACAAGUGCUCUUUUCCUGGCUGUAAUAAGAUGUAUACCAAGAGCAGCCACCUUAAGGCCCAUCUUAGGAGACACACGGGGGAGAAACCCUUCGCCUGCACUUGGCCCGGCUGUGGAUGGAGGUUCUCGCGGUCGGAUGAGCUGUCCCGACACCGGCGCUCCCACUCCGGAGUGAAACCGUACCAGUGCAUCGUCUGCGAGAAGAAGUUCGCCCGCAGCGAUCACCUGUCGAAACACCUCAAAGUGCAUCGCUUUCCACGAAGCAGCAGGACAGGACGCUCUGCAAACUGACCCCGCUGACCCCACCCUGACAGACUGACACUAAGCAGGGAGGGGAGGGGGGCCGUUUGUGUGUGUGUGUGUGUGUGUGUGUGUGAGAGAGAGAGAGAGAGAGAAAGAGAGAGAGACGGGGGGUAUACAAGUCCAAACACCUUUUAAGGGAGCCUGUGCUGGACGCUUUUGCCUGCGUAUGUGUUUAUGUUCAAACAUGUAUGUGUGACGUGCGCUCAUGGUACUGUGAUAAUUUAUUGGGUGGCGACGAAAAGACUCAAAAGGACUAAGCAGAAAACUGUUACUUGACACGACACCCUCCCAGGUGUAAUAAGCUUCUUGUAUAUUACAACUUUAUAUUUUGAUUUUUUUUUUUUUUUUUUUUUUUUUUGUCUCAUAUGAAAAUGUUUUAGCUAACAUAAUUUGAAGCUCUAAAGAAAGUUUUGCUAUUCAAAGUAUUUUUACACUUUGAGGUGUGUAUUGUUAUUGGUGUACCUGCCUGUUGAGUCAAAAGCCUUGUAUCGAUAAAGGUUGCGACACUGAGGGGUCUGCAACUGUUUAAAGCCCCCAGUGAUUUCCUGGAGCUACAUUUUGUUGCUAAGCAAUAUUAGCAAAAACUCAUCGCUUGAUGGCUUGAAUCAUAUUUGUUGCCUGGCAACAUUACCUUAUUAAAACAUGUGUUAGGAAGUACUGGGAAGUGUUGGGGCCUUGCUGUUGUCACUGGCAUAAGUCUUUCUUGAUAGAUGGGCGGAGGAAAUGAUGCAUCAACAUUCCUGCAGCUUUGACUAAAGUCACUUCAUUGCCAAGGGAGUCUCAUUACAGUAAACAGUGCAGUACCUCGCCGAGGAACAAACAAAGCAACUUUCAAAGCUCAUGUUCAUGUUGAAUCACUGCUCACCGCUAGGAUCUCUUCCUGUGCUAAGAUGUUUCAUUUUGCAGAUGCAGAUGCAGCCUCAUUCUGGACUAAAGACUCGUGCAAAGAGUGUUGCUACAUAACUCUGGACUUGGUUUGCUAGAGUACAUUUAGGAAAUGCAAUGACCUCUCAACAACCAAAUAGCAUAGCUGUAGUGUGAGGUGUAUCAAGCGUACACAUAUCGAGAAACACGCACAAAUUAUAUGUAACGUGAGUUUAUACUGUAUGUCAAACGAGCUGGCCUUCUAAUCAGUGUUGAGUCAUUCUGAAUUUUUGUGUAGAUGUGUUGUGGCCUGGUUGACUCAUUAUUCUGCAGUGUCUUCUUCUGGCAUCAAAAGACGGGGUCCAAAGACUCUUAUCAGAAUGUCUUUCAGCUGUCUGGCCUUUUGUAUUCCACAAGAUGUCAAACGUGCUGAACAUUUCAAACUCACAUUGCAAAAUACAGAGGAGGGAGUGUAGGUCUUUCUAAGGUGAAAGGGUACUUUGCUAUUUACUGGAACAGCCCUAAGCUUGGAUUAGACCAGUUACCUGAACUGGAACUGAUGCUAGUGAAGAAACGUUCCAACUGGUCUUCGCUCCAUCAGCCGUUCUCUAGCUCUUAUCUGGGAACUGUAGUUUAUGAAUCCCUUUCAUUCAGGUACUACAGAAAGGGAACUUUUGACAGCAUAUGUAUGUCAAAAUUAAUUAAAGCUGGCACUUGUUUAAAUACAGCAAAAAUUUAAAGCAUCCAAAAAAACAUCUUUACCCAUCAUUGGUCUCUGAAAUAAAAACUGCCUUCGUGUUGUACUGUAAGGGAACGAUGAACACAUUCAGUUCAUACCUGUGCGUUGUGUUAACCUGUGCCAUUUGGCAUCUCAGUUCAAUUAAACCAAAUGAGUGAUGGGAGGGGAAACGGCUGCAGCAAAAAGGUCACAGAUGGGUCCUGUGUCAUCAGGCGGAAACGGAGAAUGGGUCGCCGACAUUAGUUAUGGAAAUGGUUUCAAACAAGAAAAUGUUGAAGGCUGAGGUUGGGCGAUGAGAAAAUUCAUUUUUGGGGGUAAGUUUGAUUUGCUGAACCUACAUUGCAUUGCCUGCCAGUGAUUGAAAACCCCUUUUGGGCUGGUGUAUGGAGGAAGUAUAUUAUCUUUAUACGUGCUUUGUCAGGCAUUCCUGCCGUACAAUCAGAAAAAAAAAAUGCUUUUUAUGAAUGGGUGUCACAUGCAAAACCCAUGAAUGUAUGUAAAUACUGUAUAUGCAUCAGAAAGGAGAACAGAAAUAUUCUUCUAGUGAUUUCUGUGAUUGUGACAAAUUUCUACAAAUAUGUAAAAAACAAAAACAAAAAAAAGUGUACAGAACAUGAUAAUUCAAUGUAUGUUGUAAAAAUGUGGUGGCUUUGUUUUUUUGUCAGGGGUUUAAACAGCACAUUAUUAAAGACUUGUGACAUGUUUCAUGAUGCCUCUGUGAAACAUACGCUCACGAAUAUGUAUGCCACAUUUUCUGGAACAUGAUGACGUUGGAUUUUGAAGUGAAAACCCAUUAAUUUGACAGGUGCAAAUUGCAUGAUAUAUCAUGAAACAUGUGAUAAGUCUGUUUGAAAUGUGUUAUGUAAACACAUUACAAAGAAAGAGUUGCCAAAAAUGUUAUAUAUAUAUUUUUUUGUUUUUCUUUGUUCUACAUAAGACGCAUUUACAAAUAAAAUCCCAAAGAAAA